ACUAAACACGGGCAGUGGCUUCCGUUUAGUUUUCAAGGUAUGAAAGUACUUCGCCUCUUUGCAGAUUUCAACUGGAUUUGUUGUUUUGUUUUUCGGAUAACUUGUACCGUGGAGUAAUACUAAUUUCUGUGUAGUUUGGAGACAGCGUAACUCGGGUAGAUGUAAAACUACAGACCGGGGGCAGGCAGAAUGCGUGUGUGUGUCACGGUGUUGACAAUGAGGGGAUUAUUACUGUGUGUGGUGUACCUUUUAUCCGUGUUAUUAAGCGCACGUGCUGCGAAAUCCUACGCAAAGGCAAUUUGUGAACGGCACCCCAUCCAUACUACAGCACAGCAAACCAAAGGGAAUAACGGUUUUCGGAUUUACAUAGAGGGGGUUCCAACAGAGGGAAAGUAUCGAGCGGGUGAAAGUUACACAGUAACAUUGAAUGGGACGCUGGAGAGGGGGAAAGAGGAUGAUGACGGGUCACGGCAUAAGAGGAAGUUGGUUUCUUUUCUAGGAUUUAUGUUAGUCGCCGUGAAGAAAGGAGCAGCUAAUGAAACCUAUACAUUAGGAACCUUUGAUACCAAAAAGUUUCAUGGGCGGGCCCGGAAUCUGGCUGAUGAUAAAACCUGUGACCACGACCUCAUGUCCCAUCACUACCUCAUCAAGAAGAACAACAUCAAGAUGACGUGGAUAGCGCCAGAAACAGGUUCCGGCUGCGUGGAGUUCAGGGCCACUGUGAUAGAAGACUCAGACUUGUGGUAUAAAGAUGAAGAUGGGCUGACGACAAUGCUCUGUGAAGAAAUGACCCAGCGAGACUCAGUGGACAUUGUGGCAGCUGACAGUCCAUCUCUCCUGCAGGAAGACGAGUGUUGUGCGUGCGGUCACGCCAAGUACGUCCUCGACUUCCAGGGUCUGUGGUCACGACAGACACACCCCAAAGACUUCCCUUCUGGAGACAUUGCAUAUUUGUUGCACUGGUCCAAUAUUGUUGGAGCCUCUCACAGCAAUGACUACAGAAUAUGGGAAUAUGGGCAGUACGCGACUCAGGCUGUUAAGGAAGUUUGCGAGUUCGGAUCAUCGCGGGCGCUUCAGAUUGACAUGAAGAGGAAUAGUAAGAAGAUCCGGACGGUGGUUAAGACCAACUCUCUGUGGGGACCGGUGAAGAUCACUCAGUCUGUUGAUGCGCUCUUCACCGUCAACAAGAAGAAACACUUGCUGUCCUUGCUCACCAUGGUUGGCCCCAGCCCAGACUGGUGUCUAGGUAUUAGUGCCCUUGAUAUGUGUAGGAAGAAUUGUACUUGGCUCGACAAAAUGGAAAUACCUCUGUAUCCUUGGGAUGCUGGGACAGACAACGGAAUCAGUUACAUGUCAGCGAAUCAAGAAACGAACCCACCAGGACGAAUAACUGCAAUUACCAACACAAACCCCAACAACCCUGAUUCCCCGUUCUUCGGUCGUGAACCAAUUAAACCUUUAGCGAUGCUGACGAUUCGAAAGAAUGACGAAUGGUGCACCAACGACAACGGGGAAUACACGUCAGCGGAACUGUCGCCCAGUACAGACGAACUGGUCAGCAUUAUGAAGAAGAAAAUGAUGAAGCAGAAGAAGAUGCAACUUGAGAAAUGUGCAACCAGCCAGUGGUCAGACUGGUCAAAAUGCUCAUGCACCAGCGGCCUACGUUCACGCCGCAGAAUGUUAAAAAUGCCUGGAAUAACCGAAUCAAUGUGCAGCGAGAGACUGUCGGAGAAGGAGGCCUGUUCUACCGCCAAGUGCCUGAAGAAUUCCAAACGGCGGAAGAUCAACACCAGUUUUAAAUUCCGCCACGACACGGCGAGUGGUCCGUACUCGAUGUGCUCAGUGACGCCGUGGUCAGAGUGGUCGCCGUGUAGUCGGACCUGCGGACUCGGGAUGAAGGAACGGUGGAGGAUGUUCCUUCAUCGGUCACAGAAGACGGAUGACUGUGGAAUUCACCUGCAGGAGAAGGAUCUGUGUCGCGGAGCAAUGCCCGAUUGUUCAAUGGCAGACAGGUUGAAGAAUUAUACAGCUAUUUGCUCUGAGAAGGCAGACGCUGGACCAUGUCGCGGAACGUUCGUCAGGUGGUUUUAUAACUCAACCAUUCAGAAAUGUCAGAUUUUCAACUAUGGUGGUUGCCGUGGCAAUGAAAAUAAAUUUGACACUCAGGACGAUUGUGUGGAAUUAUGUGCUGAGCAUAUGACCGAGGUGCACCGCAAGGCAGAGAUGCAGCGUAAACAGACGAUGUUGAAGCAGCAGGAGAUGCAGAAGCAGGAGAUGAUGAGGAAGCAGCAGAUGAUGCAGAAACAGCAGAUGGAGAGCGAGAUCUUCAAGCAGUCUCUGUCCGACAUGGACAUCAAGACACUCAUGAUGAAGAAGAAGAUGAUGCAGCAGUCAGCAAAUUCAAAACUGGAAAAGGAAUUUGCCAUGGAAAUAAAGAAGAAAAUCAAAGCUUUAAGAAUACUGAAGAAGAAGAAGAAGAUGAAGAAAUGGCGUUUGAAGCACAAGAAUUCCCCACAGCACCGAGACGGUCCGACAGUGGACUGCAUGGUCACUCCAUGGUCCAAGUGGUCACAGUGUCCAGUCACCUGUGGGAAGGGAGUCAUCAUGAAAACUAGAAUGAUCAAGGUGCAUCCCAAAAAUGGAGGAAGAAGAUGUCCGCACAAACUCGUGAAAAAGAAGAAGUGCAGACCUGGCAAAAAAUGUCCUAUUAACUGUAAAAUGGGUCCAUUCGGUGACUGGACACCCUGCUCAAAGACGUGUGGGAAACGCUCGGUGCAGACAAGAUGGCGGCGUAUUAUCCAGAAGCCGCGACACGGAGGCAUGUCGUGUCCACGGCGGAGAGAGAAGAGAUUCUGCAGCGUUCCCAUGUGUACAACAUCUAAACUGGAGCAAGACAUGCUAAGGUUCAUGAUGUACCACCAUCAUUAUAACUAAACAGUAACUAAAGACUCUUCUUCCAUUGUGCUUCUUUGAACAUGUGACUUCUUAUGACCUAAAAAAAGAGCUGUGAUGAUUGGCUAAUCUUUCUGCUUGUCAAAUCAUCCUUAGCAACGAGAUUUGAGUUUGACCGACAAGCUUUAAAAACAUCUGUGGCGUGAAUGAUGUAUACAGCAUUUCUUCAAACAAGAUGGAAAAAUAUGGAUCACAGAAAUGGAUAAAAGGAAUAAAAUAAAAGACCAGAAGUUUACCGUUGAAAUGACAACAAAUAUUACCGGGUUUUUUUUUAUUCAACUAUGGCUUGGUUUUUAGUUGUGUACUAUAUACCUAACAAGUAGUUAUAUGUUGAGUUUUGCUAUCAACCUGCAUUGUGCCUUCAUAACGAAUGUCAGCUGUUCGCUAAUGCAUGUUUUGUGGUUUGUUUCCUCAACAUAUGAAAACUAAAUGUUCCGUUUGUUUCUCACCUGAUGUAUGCUUCCAUAUGUGUGCAUUUUGAUCCCUCGUUUGCUGGAAUGCUGGCAUUAAAACCAUGCAUGCUAUAACACUGGACAGGAACUCUGGUCACACUAACACAGCAUGUUUAUUGAUAGGUAAACUAUAGGGUAGAAAAGCAUUUGCAUCUAGACAACAGCAUUAUAAAGUAAAUGGGACUUGUUAUAUGUGCUGCAGUUACAAAUAUGCACCAAGACAAUUUGCUUAGGUUGACAGAUGGGAAAAUGAAGUUGAUAAAUAUACUAAGAUGUUGAUACAGAUAUGCACCAUAUCAAUAUACUAAGAUGUUGAUACAAGUAUGCACCAUAUCAAUAUACUAAGAUGUUGAUACAAGUGUGCACCAUAUCAAUAUACUAAGAUGUUGAUACAAGUGUGCACCGUAUCAAUAUACUAAGAUGUUGAUACAAGUGUGCACCAUAUCAAUAUACUAAGAUGUUGAUACAAGUAUGCACCAUAUCAAUAUACUAAGAUGUUGAUACAAGUAUGCACCAAGAAUGUUUGCUUGGGUAGACUGACAGAUGGGAAAUGAAAUUGAUAGAUAUAUAUAUUAUACAUGUAUAUACUAAGAUGUUGAUACACAUAUGCACCAAGAAAAUUUGCUUGGGUUGAGAGAUGCCAAAUGCAGUCAGUAAUAUACUAAACAAAUAGCUGCAUAGUUGUGGUGGUAAGACACUGUACGCAGUUGAUAUACUACAUAGCUGCACAGUUUGGUGGUGAUUCACAUGUGGUUGAAAUAUAAAUAGCUGCAUAGAGUAUGGCGACAAGUGAAAUGGUUUGUGCUACAGUUUGUUAUUUGUAUGCAGAAUGCUAACAGAGUGGACAAGCUCGAUUGGUGUGUGGUAUUGAACACUUGAGGACAAAAUUGCUGGUUUGUAUUGUGGUGACAGUUUCAGGUUUGGAGACAGAAGAGACAUCAAAAAAGAACAGCUGGGGUUUGGUUACAUGUCAAAAUGAAUAGCUUUGAUUCGGAAAUAUGGAGAUGCACCAACUGGAUUCUUUUUCAGGAAAAGAAAAAACAGUUAAUUAAUUGCUUUUUCAACAGGAAAGAGGUAAAGGCAUAGCAAUAGUUAUCUCCCUUGGUGUUAAAUAUGCCAUGCAUGAAAGGAGGUAUACAUUUAGCAGAAAAACAUUAUUUUCUUGGGUAUUUGAUGUAAUGUGGCAGGGAAGAGAAACCUGUACAUAGAUAUGUGGUGCAAGUGUAUAAGGAUACGAAAGACACAACAUGGAGUGUAACUUUUCACAAAGUAGUGUGACUAGAAUGAUUCAAGCAGAAUUCUGGGUGUUUUUCUUUUCUUUCUUUUGUUUUUUCUCAAGAAAUAACUAGGAUUAUUAAGGUUUAAACUGGUCCCCAAAAUUAUUAACAUUGAUUAUGGUUUAAAAAUUGUUGGUUGACAAGAAACUUUUCUCCUGAAAUUAUGUAGGAGAGCAAUAAAUGUGAUAUAUCAACAUGAGACGAGCAAGCAGUUUUUUGCUCGCCCAGAAAUCAUUUUGCAUGAGCACAAGCAAACAAGCAGUUGCUCACAUCAAACCAUACACACUGCAGUUUGACAAAUCUGAUCCAAAAAUCUGCAGUCUCAUUCAAGUUCAGUUAACCAAACAAUUACUUUUUGGACAGUUUAAUAAUAAAAUAUAUCUGUAAAUUUCAUCUUUAAUUUGCAUUUAACGAUUUGAAAAAUGACAGCUUAAACACUGGAUUAUCUCUUGCACAUAAUUUUUAUGUUUUAAAACAAUUUUUGCUAUUUGUUACUACUUGUUGAAAAUUGUAACAAGCUAAUAAAAAGAAAUGCAUGUCAAAUUUUUGACCAAACAUUAACAGCCUUAGUUUUAACUACACUUUCCCCUCUUCUUGAUUUAUAAGAUAGAUAUUUUUGCGAUUGUUGAAAAGGAAACGCCCAAGAAUAAUAUAUUGGAUUUUUUUUUUAAACUUACGCAUUAUACAUUUUAAUUCUUGAUGCAAAUGGCAGUAAAAAUUAUUUAUUCUUACUGUGUAAUAAAAAUGACGAAAACACCAGGAUGUAAUGUAUAAUAGACUGGUGUUCUACAGCUAUGUGUCUAAAAGAAAAGGAAUGCUGGGGGGGGGGGGGGGGGGCAGCAUUAUAACAAGCAGUAAGACACCUGUAAUACAUAAUUAUGUACAUUUUAUAUAUACAUGUGUAUUUGAUUAAUCCAAUGACUUGCUUUUUUUGUAUGUAGUUGGCAAGUAGAUUGCACAGUUAUUCAAUGUGUACAUACAUGUAAGAACAGUUGUGUUCAAAAGUCUGUGUUCUGUAAGCUAUAUGUGUUAGAUAUUUAUUGACAGUUUCUUGUCACACUCAGCAUUUACGAUGGAAAAGAAACCCGACAAUUUGUAAUAUUGCCAAUUACACUGUUAGAAUAUAAUAAUAAAUCACUGAGAGUAAAUUCCAGGUACUUCUUCAGGGGUGGUGUAAUUGGCGAUACCUUAUAACAAAGGUGUUUCACAUAAACAAGAGAGAAGAUAACACUGAAGGUGUGUUUGAAAGGGCAGUGGAUGUUGAAAGGGGAGUUCAUAUUUUUUAAUAUAUAUUUGUACAGUACUUAAAAAAAUUACAGUAAUAUGCAAAUAUCAAAACAAUAGCAGAUUAUGUAAAAAAAAACAUAUAAUUUUUUUUAAAUAACUGAAGCAAGUGUAUGAAAUGUAUGAAAACGAAUGCAAGUAUAGUCCUUUUCAGCCACCAUGAAAAUUGUGUUUUUUUGUAAAUAAUUUCUGUUUGAUUUGAUGUAAGAAUAGUCCAAAGUGUUUUGCAAAAUAACAAAACAGCACUAUUUUUGUGUGCAAUUUAGAAAACAAUCAGGUCAGAAAUAAAUAACUUGUGGUACAUACUAUAGUAUGAAAAUGACGUUCCCUGGUGGGAAGGACUUUAAAGUUGGGUUUUGAUUUUUUUUACUUUUUGAUUUUUGUUUAUACCAGGUGUUUUUAUAUUAGCAUCAUAAAAACCUUUUUCAUGUGAGGGUUUUUGGGGUGGGUUUUUUUAAGUAAAUGGACAUAAAAGAAAUCUAAUUUGUGGGAAUCCCAUGAGACUUCCAUCCUCACCCUUCAACACCCUGUUAUCAUUGCAGGACAAACUCUGUUUUAGUUUAGAAGAGCCUCACACAGCUGUGUUGUGUGGCAAUAUCAGAAAUAUUUGAAUAAACAAACAUGUAACAAAUAUUCUACCUUUGUCUGACAAAACAAGGGCUGACAAAAUCUCAAAUUUUAUUUUAUUUUAUUUUUUAUUAUUUAUUAUUUUUUGUUGCUUUCUGUAUCAAAAUAUGAAUAAAAAAUUCUUGUUUUAAUUUUGUGUGUGCUUAUUCACCAGUCUCGUUUCUUUCUUUUCUAUUAUUAUUAUUAUUAUUAUAUUUUAUUUAUUAUUUAUUCUUUUUUUGGUACUAAAGAUUCUUGAAUUUCAGAAGAAUAGAUUAACAUUUUGCAGUUGCUUCCCUUUGUCUGUUGAGGGCAGUAUUGUGUAUACUUAAAAAAAAAAAAAAAACUGCAAGUGCGUUUUUUCUUAUAUGCUCAGUUAAACAGGGUACAAUAUGUAACUAACAUAACAGCAUUCUUAUUUGAGCAAUUUGCUUUUGCAAGUAAACAGCACUUAAAGCCAUCUUGUUAACACAUGAAUGAUGAUAAUGCUGUAAUACUUUAUACACUAAUCUACACUGAAAUUAACUUGGGUAAAUGAGAUAUAAUGCUAAAGAACAAAAUAGAAUGUGAACAUUCAGGGUAUUACCCAGGUGAAGUAAGUAUAAUGUAUGACUUACAUUAAUACAUUGUAUUACUAACUGGCACAUAGUAUCGCUUUCAAUUGCCACACUGCAUAAAAAAAAAAAAUUAUUAAAUAAAAAUAAUAAUAAUUGGAUAGCAUAAUGCAAAUUGGAGUUCCCCAAUACCAUUGAAACAUAAUAUUAUUACCUUUUAAAGUGACAGACUCUAGUUUUUACACACUACAACAUAUUUUUCACUAUUAAAGCCGUUUUUGAUCAUUUAAAUUAGUAACUGGUACUUACAUUGUAUUAUUUAGCAUAUUAAUUUUCAAACACCUGAAGUGGUUCUGGUCAUUCAGGUGUUUGUAAUAACACAAACUGCAUUUUUCAUCAUUCUAAAAACGCACGUUCGUCUCAGAAGUAAUGGUUAUCGAGACAGACUCUAGUUCUUUUUAGACAAUAUUUAAACAUUUAAACAUUUAGUUUCUUUCUCUUAUAUUUUUAUCCAAAUGUGUUGCAAGUUUGUAGAUGUCCAUUUUCUAGGGUUGAAACUAGGGUCUGCUCCUUUAAUACAGCAAGAAUUAUAUUUCAUUUGUACACAACAAAUGGCUUACCAAAUGAAACCUCUACCUCUGGUUUCCAUGUGGAGAAAUACCAAAUUUGUUCCAUAUUUGGUUAUUCAUUUAUUUCUGCCAGUUUUGUAAAUAAUGUAUACAGUUGUUACUGUGUUUGUCUUGAGAUGUUGUCAUGUGUGUACUGUUUUAAUUUGUUGUUGUCUAUUUAUACGAAGCACCAUAAUACCACCAUGACACUCAGUGAUACAGGUUCCUGUAAUUGUAGUCAAUCCUGUUUUUGAUUCUCUAUGUAAAUUUGUAUCCAGUGUAAUUGCAAAAUCUGAUCCACUCUCAGCUGAUGUUAACAGAUGAAUUUUUUUUUUUUUGAAUUUGUGAAUUUUGUAAUUGUCACAGAUUUAUGAAACUUAUUAUUAAACAAAAAAUUUAUAUAUUGCAAAAAUAUUCUAAAUACAUAUUUUUACUUUUUAUCAGUUAUUUCCAAUUUGUGUGCUACAGACUACCAACUCACUACCAGAAAGAAAUUGAAAAAUUUACAUGGUAGUGAAUUAGUGUGGGUGGUAGGGCAUAAUCACAAAUAAUUAUGACAGGGUUAAAAUGAUGGAACAGUUAAACCAUUCUGUCAUACAGAAUUGUUUUAGUUCAAUCUUCAGAAAGUGCAAAUUUGAACGGUUCCUUGAAGAUUGGGACUGGGCUGAGAGUUGCUCUGAUUUACAUAUAUUGUAUUGUGCAGCACUGGUAAAUACACAAUACCUGUGUUAUUAUAUAUGGUGUUAUAUUUUGAUGCUGGCAUCAGGUGAGAGCGUGACACAGUUUGAGAUUACGUAAGAAGGGUCACACCCGAGUUUAACUGUACAGUUCUUGUCUUGUACAUCUGUUAAUGUAAACUGAAUUUUAAUAAAAUAAAACAUUAAACCAAA